UUCUGGGUUUUUUGGGAAUAGGUUUGAAAGGCGAGAUGGCUUGUUUUCUUUCAUCCAUGGAGCUGCCGUUUUUUCAUGGAAAAAUAACAAGAAGAACCUGUGAAGAAAUACUCAGCAAGAAGAGAAAGAAUGGUAGCUAUUUAAUACGAGAGAGUGAAAGCAUGGAAGGAGCCUUGUGUCUCUGUGUUUUCUUUGAAAACUUCAUCUACACUUACCGUAUCUUCAGGGAACACGAAGGAAAUUUUAGGAUACAGACUUCUGAACAUGUUCCAAAGAAGGUAUUCAAAACAUUAAAGGACCUAAUAUACAACUAUGAAAAGCCAAAUCAAGGACUAAUAACAAACCUCCUCUACCCAGUAAACAAGCAGAAGGCCUCAAAAAGAAGCCAGAGGUUCAAGUCAGAGAAGGAUGACAUUUAUGAUGAAAUUGAUGACAGUGAUUAUGUUACUGUCUUACCUGAAUGAUCUGCAGCCUGAGGAUUUGGGAAGCUGCAGUUUCAGACUGUGCCACGGCUGGGGAUAGCUGCCAGCUGGGCAUCCUCUGCUGUGGAUCUGUACCUCUGGAAUUAGUCUCCUCCUUUUGCAUACAAUCAGACUGCGUACAUUUUCUCCCAAGCUACUAUGUAUUUUUGUUCAGCAAUAAGAGAAUUUUUUUAAUAACAGACACAUAUACAUAUAUACAUAUAUAGGGGGGGGAAGGUAUCUGUGUGAAUGUAUAUGUAUAUUGGUUUUUUAGUUAGCCAGCUCUCCGAGAUGUCUACUGCUUAAAUGGACAGUCUGCUAGAAAGCAGCAAUAUAAGCACAAUAAAUGAAUGUGCAUAAAGCAGUAGUUUAUGGCAAAACUGAUGUGUUGAUAAAAACC